AUGCUGUCCCUGAACUGGGACAUGUGUCUGGCAGAGGGACUCAUGACCUCUAGGAUCUUUCUUUUGCUGUUUGAGCUCUGGGUACUUCUGGCUCCUGUACAGUGUUUUCAAGGCCGCCCCUCAUGGCAUUACAUGUCAUCAGAGGUGGUGAUUCCUCGGAAGGAGGCCCACCAUGGCAAGGGCCUUCAGGCACCAGGCUGGCUUUCUUAUAGUUUGCAUUUUGGGGGCCAGAGGCAUGUUAUCCACCUUCAGAGAAAAAAAAUUCUUUGGCCCAGACACUUGCUAGUGAUGACUCAGGAUGACCAAGGAGCCUUGCAGAUGGACUACCCUUUCAUCCCUUCAGAUUGCUACUACCUUGGCCACCUGGAGGCGUUCCCUCAAUCCAUGGUCACUGUGGACACCUGCUAUGGAGGCCUGGAAGGGGUCAUGAAGUUGGAUGACCUUGCCUAUGAAAUUAAACCUCUCAAGGAUUCACACAGGUUUGAACAUGUUGUUUCUCGGAUAGUAGCUGAUGUCAGUGCAACAGGGCCUACACAUAGACCAGGACACAAGGAACAUAUAGAUAUCUUCUCUGAAGCAAACUUCAGUAUUGCCCCCAGGAUGUCAGGUAAGGACUAUGCUUCACAUGCAGGUGCUAUAAAAGGCCAUGUUCAAUCUUCCAAAGCUAUGUAUGGCAUUUUCAAUAAUGUUACAAAAUGUGCCAAAUAUAUGGUAGGAUUGUUUAGUAUAGUUGACAGUUUUUUGCGAAGUCUCCAUAUAAAAUACUAUAUUUACCUUUUGACCAUUUAUAACACCAAUGAUCCAGCUACCAUUACUGACUAUAGAGUUCCCGGGGGUGAAAUACACAAUUAUUACAUUGCAAAUUUUUAUGGAACUGUUAGACCUGAUUCAUCCUGCAUAGUUCAUAAAGAUGGGCCACAUGAACUUACUGUUGAACCAGUUUCAGGAAGUAUGUGUCAACCCAACUGCCUAAUUUUUGCUGGGCGUAUUGGUAGACAUUCUUUAGUAGUAGCUACUAUAAUAGCCAAUCGCCUUGGGAGAACUAUGGGUCUGGCUUAUGAUGGAACAUAUUGUAUCUGCCAGAGAAGGACCACCUGCAUAAUGUCCAGGUACCCAGUGAUAACAGAUGCCUUCAGCAACUGUUCCCUUGUGAAUCUACAACAAAUAAUUGGUGUUCCUGAUCAGCUAGCAUGUCUUUUCCAUCAAAAUUGGCAGUAUCUUAAUUAUACUUACACAUUUAGGAGAUGUGGGAACAGCAUAGUGGAGCAUGGAGAGAAAUGUGACUGUGGAUCAUUCAAGCAGUGCUAUGCCAACAAGUGUUGUGAGAGUAGCUGCCAAUUCACGCCGGGAAGCAUAUGUGAUAAAGGAACAUGCUGUACAAACUGCACCUACUCCCCUUCUGGGACAAUUUGCAGAACUAUCCAGAAUAUAUGUGAUCUUCCAGAGUACUGUGGCGGGAACACAGUCAACUGCCCUAAUGAUACUUAUCUGCAAAAUGGCACACCAUGUACAGAAGAGAGCUUCUGUUUCCUUGGAAACUGCACUGACCCCUCUGUGCAAUGCAAGGAAAUCUUUGGUGAACAUGCUCACCAUGCCCAUGAUGCCUGCUAUCAGAUAAAUUCUCAGAAUUUUCGAUUUGGAUAUUGUUUGAGAUCAGCAACAAGUCUCAGAUACACAGCUUGCUCUGUAGACAACAUGCGGUGUGGAAGGUUGCAGUGUACCAAUGUCACCCAUCUUCCACGACUGCAGGAACAUGUUUCAUUCCAUCAGUCACAAAUUUCUGAUGUCCUCUGUUUUGGAUUGGAUGAACACAGUUCAACAGAAACAACUGAUGCUGGGCAGGUGAGAACUGGUACCCCAUGUGGCACUGGAAAGUUCUGUGAUCGUUCUGCUUGCAAUGGGACUAUGACGGCAAUGGGUUAUGACUGUACCCCAGAAAAGUGCAACUUUAGAGGAGCUUGCAACAAUCAGAAGCAUUGUCACUGUCAUAUAGGCUGGGACCCUCCAGAGUGCAAAAACCUAGGCUCUGGUGGGAGUAUAGACAGUGGACCUCCUCCAAGGAAAAUGCACUCAGUAAAACAAAGCAUACAACCAGUGAUAUAUUUACGACUGGUCUUUGCUCGUAUUUAUGCUGUCAUAGCAGCACUGCUCUUUGGGGUAGCCACAAGUGUAAGAACUCUUAGAAUUAUCAAGGAUGAGGAAAUUCCUCAAACUUAG